CAAUUAAAACGAAGUUGACAACAGGUGCUUGUUCAAUCACGUGAUUUCAUGUUGAGCACAUGAUCUCAAAAUGACAGACCAGUCUCAGAGGGAGUGUCUUUUGUUUUUAGGAAAACUUGACUCUAAGCAGACCAAACGUGUCCUUCACAGCAUUGUUGAUGGUAUAUGUAAACUUGGGCGAGCAAUCUAUCAAGAGUAUGGAGAAGUGUUUACACUUCCAGAGUGGUGGAAUUUGUCUGAUGCCUAUACAGGACUUGUAAAACAGAUUGUUAAAGAAGAUACUACAAAGGAUCAGAUAUUGGAGAUAUUGUCAGAUUUACCUGAUGGACAUAAACAGAUAGUGUUAGACGUGCUAAGUGUACGGAGAGAUGAUGUACGACAGUCAUUAAAAACAGAAACCAGUUCUAUAUCAGAUGCAGUUCUCACUGACUUUGACUGGCAGGUUAAGUUGGCCUUAUCAAGUGAUAAGAUAGCCUCUGUCCAAGAACCCAUUACAUCAUUAGACUUAGAUGUCCAAAGUCAACAAGGCCAGAAAAUACAUUCCAUAGAGUUAAACAGAGAAGAUCUUAAAAAGUUAAUCACAAGUUUAGAAGGUGCAAAUAAGGUUGUUCAACAGUUAAAGAGCUGAUGUAAGCUAACAGUGAUGAUACUUAAUGAUGAAAGAUGAUUUCCUGCUACGAGUAACAGUGCAAUUUUAUGACAUACUGAUAGGGACCAUAUGGUUUUAUAUCCUAAAAUGACAGUUGUAUGAUUAGUUUGAUUUUUACAUAAAAAAAUGUAGUAUAUACUUAAGAGAUUGGUAAUAUU